CCGACUCCACUGACCAUGAAACUUGUCUGUUUUCCUUUCAGGCCUGCUCCCUGGAGUGUGACGGCGAGCUGGACGGGCAGGGACUCCGCCGCUGCCAGGACUUCCUGUUUGAGGAGGAGAACCGGACGCCUGUGGACGCCGAUGGCCGUCCGGAGCAGGAACUGGGAGCGGCGAUGCUCGGCGACGACGACCCGCCAACGACACCCGAGCACCUGCUGGCCAAGAAAUACAGCGGCUUCCCGAAGCGCUACGGCGGCUUCAUGUCCCGCCGCUCCUCCUCUCUGGAGGGGAACCCCGGCGACCCGGGAGACCGGGACCAGGAGGAAAACAUCCGCCAGGAGGUCCUGAAGAUCCUGGGUGCGGCGAGCGAGGGGGGAGGCCCGGCGGGGGGGGUGGUGAAGCGGUACGGGGGCUUCAUGCGUCGCACCGACGGGGAGGCGGCUCCGGGCCAGCUCCUGGAGGCGGUGCUGGGCCGGGGCCUCAGGAAGCGCUACGGCGGGUUCAUGAGGCGCGUGGGGAGGCCGGAGUGGCUGGUGGACGGCAGGAACGGAGGCGCCCUGAAGAGGUCCUGGGAGAACGGCAGCGAGCUGCAGAAGAGGUACGGAGGGUUCAUGGACUAGGAGGCCUCACAAGUCCUGCCGUCCUGCCAACUUCCUGUCCGCCCGGAGUCUGGACUCGUCUUCGUUUGAGUAAACUUCCUGUCACCCGUGAUAGUUCCAUCGCCUGGUUUUGUAAAUGUGCUAGUGACGACUUCUUCGGUUCAAACUGUCCUGGAAUGAUGAAAAAAGAUAAAGUAUCUUCUGGUCUUUAUGGCUUUCAUGAUGAUGUUAUUUAUU